AUGACACAUACAACUUGGGGCGAGACGGACACAGCAGUGUACCAAAUAUCAAAAUACCUCUCCAGUUCAAGGAUAACAUCAAAAGUUAUUAUAGACGUAGACGUUUGGCUGGUUCAGUCGAUAUGCCAACAAUACCGGGAAAAGAAGCCAAGCAAGGUUCAUCGCAUUGAACAUGUCCAUCCGGACCCCGACUUCAAGUUGGACUUGGACAUGGCUGAAGCUAUUUGGACAAUUUUUGAGGGCCUGAAAAACAUGCUAGAAAAGUGCAGCCAAUCGAAUGCAAUCAGCUUUGGUAAAGAUAUGGAAAAGGCGAUCAAAAGAGAUCAUCCAGGUUUGGUAGAGAGUCACGAGCACGCGAAUGCGAUCUGGUGGUGGGUAAGGCUGAAGAAAAGGUGUUUUGGCGAUGGCAGCGGAGGUUUUGCAAUUUUUGCAACUAGGGAUUUGGUCGAGGGGGAGAUACUAUACCCUCUCAUGGGUCUAAUGGCGUCCGAUUCAAGGGCGGAACAUUCUCGCCUGUCAGAGAUCCACCCCCACCCGAGUCAAGUCAAGUUGGAAAAAGGCAGAAUGGAUCCACGGGUUCUUGUUGGACCACUACGAUUCAUCAACCACACUUGCCAUUCUUUCAACGCCGAGUUUGUUGCAAUCCGGUCGGCAUUGGCAUUUGUGGUGCAAACCAACAAACUCAUCAAAUUCCACGACGAAGUUUUUGUAGACUACGGCAAAGACUACUUUGAAGAUAUCGAGAAAUGUCGUGCAGGGACUGCAGUGGGCAUUCGGAAGGUUCAAGCACUGCGCGUACAAAAAUCGCCCCAUCUCGGCCUCAGAGGACGGCUGAAGAACGUCGGGGGAUGUAUAAAAAGAGGCGUGGAGAUAAAAAGUUGA